AUGACCACUUCGCCGUCCGCACUCUGCGCCCUUUUCACAAACCCGUCUACUGCGGCCAUGGCCGGAGAAUCGGACGCAACGAGCAAAACAACAAAGGAUCAAAAAGUUCGAGUGGAUGAUAUUGCGCGCGAUGACGGGCUCCUUAAGGCCAAAGUAAAAGAGUUGACGGGCGAAGACGUGACUGUGUCUCCAACAAAUUUCGAGGUCCAUGAUUUGGAUUCGGUUGAUUGGAACACGGCGUGUGCUCUUCUUGUUCAGAUAGACGGUGGAAUCGUGGAACUGGAUGGUGGCUCAUUAUAUUAA